CUGUGAUUAUUACCAUUACCUCGUGGUACGUAGCAAUUUUUUUACAUUUUGAGCACAGUGUGUCUAAAAAACAUGGAGGACGGCGAGGAACACCACAAUCCAAAGGCUCACAAGAAGCUGCUUAUGGCCAUUGGCAGCUUGGGAAACAGCCAGCACAUACAGAAAUCAACGCGAGACGAGCGCCAGACGCUCCAGGAUGAGUUUCAGCUGGGGAAAAGCGUGAGAUCAGCGGAAUCGCAUCACAAACCCAGAGCUGUUGGGUUGAAUGACCUGGUGCAGAUACUGCGUACCUCGUCCAAGCACAUUAAAACUGGCAGGAAGCUGAAGAAUAUCCAGACCACCAAGAAAGUGUUGGAGAAGCCGCUUGAAAAGCCAGCAGCGGAUCGAAUCAGGCGCGCCAUUGGUUAUGAGGGAGUGACGAAGAAGCUCGGUCGAUGGGAUGCUGUGGUGGCCCAACAGCGUUCGGCAGAGACCCAGAUCUUUCCAAUACCUUCGGAAACAAUUUAUGUCAACACAGCGGCCCAUGCCAAGUCACUGAAGACGAGCAUUCAGUCAGCCCUGGCUAAGGAGCUGGAAGCCAGCAAGCUUAAACUCCACGAGCUUCGCAAAGCACAGAUCGGCGAUACAGCGGAUGAGAAAGCCUUGGCCCAACAAGAGCGAGAGCUGCGACAGAAGAAGAUCACUCGCGACGAGCUCUUUGCCCGUCGCAAGGAAUUGGCAUAUCUUAAAAUGCGCGAAUCCCAGAAAUCAGCGAAGUCGCGAGUGCAGAACAAAAUUAAGUCGAAAAAAUUUCAUAAGCUGCAGAAGCGUCAGAAGAUACACGAGCAGAUGAAGGAGUUCGAACUCCUGCAAAAGACAAAUCCGGAGGCAGCGCUGGAAAAGCUAAAUGCCCUGGAAAAAAUUCGCGUACAGGAGCGGGCCAGCUUGAGGCACAAGAACACAGGCACAUGGGCCAAGAAUUUACAGAUGCGAGCUAAAUACGAUAGGGAUGUGCGCAAGGAUCUCGCCGAACAGCUGGCAGUUGGCCGACAGUUGACUGAGAAAAAACAAGAAUCGGACAGUGAAACUGAAUUCAAAAUGACGCAAGAUGUUCAUGAGGAGGAGGAUAAAGAAUAUGAUCCAUUUAACCCGUGGAUAAAACGAAAAGUGGCUGGAAAAGCUCCAACAGAAAAGGCAGGCAGUCAGGUUUCCAAUUGGCGCAAAUAUUGGACAGAGCGCAAUCAAAAAGCGAAGUUUUUGGAGGAGCAUCGUAAGGAUUUGAAACAUGUAGAGAACGUUGACGUCGUAGAAGAGAAAUUGAAAUCGGAUCCAAAACCGAAGCCAUCGAUGAAAAAAGUAAAAAAGUCGAAAGUGUCUUUUGAGAACGGUUGGGAAGUGGAGAAAGUUUAUCAUGAGAGUAAUGUAACAGGCGAGAGCAAAAUCUUUGACAACAUAUUUGAAGGACGCGAAGAGAAGCUAAGAGCAAAGCUGACCAAAAAGCUAGAGAACCUGAAGCUGCGAACUGAUCGACUCAAAGAAGCUCCUGCCAAAAGCAAGAAGGUCAAAAAGAAGGACAGCUUAAAAAAUCUCAAGGAUUUGGCAAUAAAGAUGACAAAACAACGCGUUGAAGUUGAUGAGCCCUUAUACUAUGAUAUUGAGUCCCAGCAACAAGUGGAUGCUGCCAAUAUGGAGAGUGAUCCGGAAGUCGCAGUGGAUUCAGCUGUGGAUACUAUAGACCUCUCUAAGGUGACAACUUUAUUGUGGGCGCAGAAGGAGCGUAGUUCAGGUGCACUCAAUGAUGCAUUGGUGAAUGACGAUGAUGCUGAAUACGAUGAAAAAGAUGCUACAACACUGCAUCAGUUGACCAUUAGUCAGGCCUUCGAAGACGAUGAUAUCAUAGCUGACUUUAAUAGGGAAAAGACUGAGGACUCUGAACUAAAAAACACUGAGCUCCAGCUGGCCAUGCCUGGAUGGGGUUCCUGGGCUGGUGCAGGAAUAUCUCAGGAGGUCAUGGAAAGGCGCAAUAAACGCAAUACACGACUGCUGCUCAGAUUGGCUGCUCCAGAAAAGAGGCGUGAUGACAACAAGGAUAAUCUCUUCAUUAAUGAGACAAGUACCAAGCAUGCACGGCAGCACAUGGUGUCUAGCGUACCAUUUCCUUUCAGAUCCCUAGCCGAUUAUGAGGCCAGCAUUCGUGCGCCCAUUGGCAGGAACUUUGUUCCAGAGACGGCCUUUCGAAUGCUGACCCGUCCUUCAGUAAUUACGCGUAAGGGACAGGUUAUUGAGCCAAUGGAUGAUAGUGAUCUGGUUAAGCCGGAAAGGCGUCUCAGGAAUAUUGUUGAUAAGAGAAUAAAACGCCUCCCCAAGGUGCCGCAAAAUUCUCAGAAAGCUAAGAAAUAAAAAUAAUACAACAUUCUAA